GUAGGGUGCAAACACCACAGCCCUGCUGCUCCCACCACAGCACCGCCUGGCUGGGACAGCAGAGCCAGGGGGACAUCACUGGCCCAUGGGAAGGGCUCCUGCCUGGCACUGUCCCAGUGUCCAGCUGGCCGAGGGCGCUGGCCCCGUGCCGCAGGGGCUGCCCCGCUCAGCUGUCGCUGUCUGUGACGCUCCCGUGACGCUCCCGCUCGGCUCAGCCCCGCCACCAGCACCCAGUGCUUGCAGCGCCUGCAGUCCCCACGCAUGGACCUGUGCCACGUCCCUGCCACCCGGGAGAAGGGCUGGUACCUGGCACUGAUGGCCCCCAACGUCAAGGGGCCCAACUACGCCUGGCUGGACCCCUCCCGGCUCUACUGCCACCCGCAAGGCCUGCAGGACUGCGUGGCCGACCUGCUGCAGCCCUUCCAGGGCGAUGCCAUCGACAUGGUGGCCGGCAUCGACGCCAUGGGCUUCAUCCUGGGCGCUGCAGCAGCAGCCACCCUGCAGAAAGGCUUCCUGGCCAUCCGCAAAGCCGGGCACCUCUGCGUGCAGACAGCGGCUCAGCCCUACAGCGACUACUCGGGCCGGGAGAAGGUGAUGGAGGUCCGCACCGACGCCGUCGCACCGGGUCAGCGCAUCCUUCUCGUGGACCAGUGGGUUGAAACUGGGGGCACCAUGAGAGCGGCCAUCGAGCUGGUGGAGCGGCUGGGGGGGGUCGUGGCAGGUGUCGCUGCCAUCUGCAUGGAGAACAGCGAGGGAGGGAAGUGGAUCCAGGAGCGCUACAAGUGCUCCCACUGCGUCCCCCCCAGCCUGCAGCCCCACUUCGACCAGCACCACUUGGGCUGGGACUGAUGUGGGACUGGCACCUCGUGUGUCCCCUGCAGCCCCCUCGAGGGACACAGGGCUGCUGGCUCUGCAGGACAGGGGUGCUCCUCGAUGGAAGAAGGAACUUGUUCUCAGAGGCAGCCAUCCAUCCUUCUGCUUGCCCACGAGCCUGGGGGCUGCACCCAUGGAUAGGGAGACCCACAACCAGCCCCAGCCCCCUGUCCCCAGCCCCACACCUUUCUUACAAAGCAUAAAAAAGGUUUUAUUAAUACAAAAGGGAGCCUGAGGGCAUCUCCCCCUGCGAGC